CCAUUGACGACUAUUGGCACCCGAUAGCACAUGGUUAAGGACGUUGGGUUCGUAGAAGCCGGUACUCCAUUAAUAAGGGUAUCUAUCGACUCCGAAUUGUUACUUCAUUAAUUGCGUCGACAUUAUUCUACGAAAUAUAGUUUCAAAUAAGUGACGAGCUAUGCAGACAUCGAAAGUUGAAACGAUCUAGUAAAUAAUGUUUAGUUAUGUCGAGGAUUCUUGAUUAAAACAACUGAGACUUCAAAGGUAUUGAUCAUGGAAACUGACAUACUACAAAAUAUUCAGGACCUUGGGUACAAGGGACCCUUGGUUGACGAUAACAAAUUAUCUGCAGCAUUAGAUAGUGGCCCAAAAUCCAUAGAUUUUACAGGACUAGUUUCAUGGUUAUCAGACCAGAUCGCAGUACUCAGUAACCUGGAAGCAAAAAUUCAUCCUACUUCGUCGCCCGAAGACGCCAGUUCAUUUAUGUUGGAAUUAAGUUCAUUUCUUAAAGAAGUGGGAUGUAUACAUGAAAAACUGACAACGGGAAAUAUCAAUCACAGAUUGUCAACCAGACAGGACAGAAUUGUUUUACUAGAAUAUUUAAUAACCGAGCUUAUGACAAGUAAAAUACUGGUGGCUAAGACACAAGAUAAUUCUACUAAUUUGCAAGUCACUAUUAAUGAAAGCGAUACUGCUAAAUGCUUAAAAGCAAUGUUACUAGCACUGAAAUUUCAAAAGCCGCCUGAAAAUAUCACUCCGGAAUUACUGUUUAAAAAGUUAGAGACUAAGUUACAAGAACUGGUAGCACAAGUUCCACCAGCACUUCUCGAUAAACCAAUAUUCAUUGGGGAAUUAUCAAAGGAUCAAUGGGAUAAAUUAGAACAACUACAACAAGAAUUACAAGAAGAAUAUGAAACACGACGUCAAAUGUUGUUGAAAAGAUUGGACGUCACGGUUCAAUCCUUCUCGUGGUCAGACAGAAUAAGGCCUAAAGAAGAUCAGUUAAAUACCCUUUACCAAAAGCAAAGGUCUAUUAUGAUGAGUAAACCUAACGUGACACUUAGUGACUUAUUGGCAGCACGUUGCGAUUUAACAAUACUAGAAAAGACUAGCAAUGCAUCAGUUCGUAAAAAUACACGUAGUCAAAUAAACAAAGUGAUUAUCGGCGAUGUUCCUGACCGAGGUGGAAGACCAUGCGAGCAGGAGGCACCUCCACCAGAAAUGCCAUCCUGGCAGAAGGAUCGUGUCCAAGGACCUUCCACUUUUAGAGGUGGACGUGGAGGAAGUGGUCGAGGAGGAGGAGCUCGUGGUGGUGGUGGAGGUGGCGGUGGUCGAGGAGGUGGUGCAAGCCAGGGUGGAUAUCGAGAUCACAAAGAUGCGACCAAAAACUUUGGACAAAACCAGUCGGGCUAUCAGCCCAAGUUAAAUCCAGCCAAUUAUUUUCAAACAUCACAAUCGACGGAUCCAGCAAAAUAUUUUCAAUCAUACAAUGAAAACAAAGGUGGGGGUUAUACAGAUACCAGAAGUGGAGGUUACAGUGACAGCAGAAGCAGUAGUUACAGUGACAGCAGAGGCGGAGGAUACAGUAACAACAGAAGUGGGGGCUAUAGUGACCACCGAGGUGGAGGCUACAGUGAUAACAGGGGUGGAAGUUACAGCGAUAACAGAGGAACAGGAGAAUACCAUAGAGGUGGUCAACGCGGUGGUAGGGUCCAAGGUGGAUGGAAUCAAGGCGGUUACAAUCGAGGUGGAAGAAAUCAAGGUCAGCAAGGAAGUGGCCAACAACACUAUUAACUUGGAAUUUCAAGGGAAUGAUCUGAACCAUAACUCUUCUCUCUACCACAAACAAUACAACUAUCACAUUAGUUACUUUUGACAUUAAUCAUUGUCUCGCAUAAUAAAAUAUUUAUAACGGCAUCAACAUUUCCUUACGAUAAAAA